AUGCCGGACAACUAUGUUCUUCCUCGAGACUACCUCGACAACAAUCGCAUGAAUCUUCAUCACUAUCUUUUGCGAGAAAUGCAUGGGUACCUAGUUCAUCCUUCAAUACCUAUAGACAAACCCGAUCUGAGAAUUGCCGAUGUUGGGACAGGCACUGCUAUCUGGCUCACAGAUCUUGCUCACCAGCUCCCUUCCACCGUCUCCCUUGAUGGGUUGGAUAUAUCAUUCGAGGCUACCCCACCAAAGGAAUGGCUGCCUCAAAAUUUGACUCUGCGGUCUUGUGAUUUGAUGUCCGAAAUUCCUGAGGAUCUGAUUGGGGUUUACGAUAUCGUGCACAUUCGGCUCUUUGCUUUUGUCCUCAAGAAUGAAGACAUGAACACGGCAAUCGGGAAUCUUUUGAAGCUUCUCAAGCCAGGUGGCUACCUACAGUGGUCAGAGCCAGAUAUCGAAUCUUUUCGGAUCCCGACGUCCGUGCCGGGUAAUAAAACAGAUGCUCUUGCCAACCUGAUGGCUUUCAGUCAACCCAAAGAUGUCCGUUACAAGCCAACCUGGAUCGCCAGACUUCCGGAAAUGUUUCACGGAAGUGGCUUACGCUCUGUCGAAUGCGAUGUUAAAGAUCCAUCACCCGAGAUGAUCAUGCCUCUUCAUGAAUGCAACUUGUUGAUCCCUGAACUAUUGGCUCGCAAGGCAGAAAAUACUGAGUGGGCGGAGAAGAUUAGGAAGGCUCUGCCAGAGGUCCUCCGGGAGACUCGAGCUGGAGCAGCAUGGGAGUACACUCGAGUCGUAGUGGUCGGUCAGAAGCCGCUUUGA